AUGUCCGUCGCCGCCGCGUCCGCCUCCUCCUCCCCGUCGGCCCUCUUCCCGUCGCCUACCACGGCCGCCCGCCGCCGAUUCCUCCACCACCUCCUCGCCGCGCCCCCGCGGCCGCCGCCUCUGCGGCGCUGCUCCCCGUACCACUGGAUGGCGCAAUUUUGGACUGAAGGAUCACUGGAGAAGAACAAUGCUCUUGUUGAGUACCUGAAGCAGUAUGGUGCUGUUACAACGGAUCAAGUGGCAGAAGUAAUGGAAACUAUUGACAGAGCGUUGUUUGUACCAAAAGGCUUUACUCCUUACAUUGACAGUCCUAUGCCUAUCGGUUACAAUGCAACAAUAUCUGCCCCUCACAUGCAUGCAACCUGCUUAGAACUGCUGAAGGAUCGUUUGCAGCCAGGAAUGCAUGCUCUCGACGUUGGAUCAGGCAGUGGCUACUUGACUGCUUGUUUUGCAAUGAUGGUUGGACCAGAAGGGCGUGCAGUGGGGAUUGAACACAUUCCUGAACUUGUUGUUGCCUCUACUGAAAAUGUGGAAAGGAGUGCUGCAGCUCCACUACUGAAGGACGGUUCACUUUCUUUUCAUGUUUCAGAUGGAAGGCUUGGCUGGCCAGACGUUGCGCCAUACGAUGCGAUUCAUGUGGGCGCGGCGGCACCUGAGAUCCCUCAGCCGCUGCUUGAGCAGCUGAAGCCCGGAGGGCGGAUGGUGAUUCCCGUCGGAACCUACUCCCAGGACCUACAGGUGAUCGACAAGAACACCGAUGGAUCAACCAGUGUCCGGAACGACGCCUCCGUGCGCUAUGUCCCUCUAACCAGCCGAUCUGCUCAACUCCAGGAUCCGUGAGAGCCUUCGGCCUAACUCGGGGAUCCUUAGCUCAAGAUCUGGAAAAUGUAUAUAUGUGUGUGUCUGGGAAGUGU